GUCAUCUGUGAAAGAAGUCUGCUUUGUUUACAUAGUUCAUGUUUUGAUCAAUUAAGGAUAGAUAUGGCUAAGUAUUUAGGUUUGGAUAAAGUGAAGCGAAUUUUUGAUAUUAUUAAGCAUAAUGGUGGUAUUAUACGGUCGAUUCAGCAGUUAUAUAGAACAGAUGAGCUCAAAAUAGGUACCUUGGUAGGUGUGGACAAAUUUGGAAACAAGUAUUAUGAAAAUAAAAUGUAUUUUUAUGCUCGAAAUCGAUGGGUGGAUUAUACUGAAGCUGUUAAUUUAGAUUAUGAUGGCAGUCAAGUCCCACCAGAAUGGCAUCGAUGGUUACAUUUUAUGACAGAUGAUCCACCAACUGUGAAAAAACCUGUAGAAUACAAAUGGAUUAUGGACCAUACUCCAAAUAUGUCUGGAACAAACAAAGCUUAUAUGCCAUAUUCAACAACAAAACCCAAAGUUCAACCUUGGGUUCCACCUAAAUAAUAUAUUAGAUGAUUGUGGACUGAACUCAUUUCGUGCAUAGCACGAGAUGUUUACUUUUCGUAAAUUUGUUAGAAUUCAAAAUAUAGUAUAUUUACUACCUUGCA